AUGGAGCUCGGCUGGAAGAUCAGGGCAACCGCCGCUGCAAACAAAAGCCUGGUUCCGUUGUCGCGAGAUGAGGCGAGGUUAGAUCCGCUGUUAGGUGCCACUAUUCGCAAGAUCUUCGGGUCACAGUGGUACUACGGACAGGUCAUUGCCAUUGAUGCGGAUGCGGCAUCUGGUGAAAGGGCUUAUCAUGUGGCCUAUGAGGACGGAGACGAAGAGCACCUCAGCGCUGUCGAAGUCAAGCACUUCCUUGCCAGCUGCAGCCGCGCGCUCUGCUCGACCUUCGGAGGCUGGUCGCUCCACGCGGCCUUCGGCAGCAGGCACCCCGCGGCCCAGCUUGGCUCCGAUGCCCUCGGUGAGACCGUCACGAGGUCCGGCACGUCCUGCUCCAAAGCCAAUGUGGGGAAGAAGCCUCGGAGAGGUCAAGUUCGCCUCUGUGGGCCCAGCCUUCGCAGCAGUUGCGAUGGGCUUGGUCAUGGUACUCGGCUCCAUGUGCCUGACCUGUUUAGCAAGUGCGCUCAGUUCUUGUUGCUUGGACUCGCACGGUUGAUGGAAUCAGAGCAGGCACAAGCCGCCCCACCGGAGGUUGCCGGAAGUUCGUUGCAGAGAUCUGUGGAAGUCUGCAGCAGCGCUGGAGGUGCCGGCUGUGUCGGCUCAUUGGUACAGGCCACCCUUUCCUGCAGCGAUCUGCAGGAUGUAGAAGAGCCCGCUCCACCCAAGGAGGAGCGAGAGAUAGCGACCGAGAUCGUGACAGAUGACGUUGAGAUCUUCGUGGACGUGCCAAGCCAGGCAGACGACACCACGAGCGCGCUGCACACGAGCUUGCUAAACGAGGCAAGCUACGCUGAGCAUCUGGAGCCGGCAGGAGGAGGUGCAGAUGCCGAGUCGGUCGCGGUGCAGACGGCAGAUGACGAGCUAGCUGCCGCAGCUGCUGCGCUCGUUGAGGCUUCCGGUUUGGUGGUGCGCGUGGCUGGGCGCGCGUUUGUCCGCAUGCUGGAGGAGGCCUGGCAUUCUCUUCUUGGCGGUGUGUCUGCCACGCUCUGCAGUGCCGUGGGAGUUUCAGGCUGGAUGCAGCGUGUGUUCAUUCAGCAACGAAUGCUUGUCUUUUCCGUGAGCGGUGUGCUAUACUCGUUACACUGCAAGGAAGCGGGGCGAUGUGAAGGUUCGGAGUCCAUAGAAGCUGUACAGCUGGGAGCAAACGACGAGGCCGGCAGCGCAGGCCUGGAGUCGCUGAUGACCUCGGCAUUGGUGGCCUGUGCCGGUGCCAGGGCCUUGAAGGGAGCGAAACUCAGCACAAAUCCAGCGUUUCAAAAGUGGGGGCAGCGAAACACAGAGGUCAUGACCAUCUUGGUCAGAUGUCCCGACACCUCUGCACACGAUCCCACGUCCAGAGGCUUCGCAGUUUGUGUGGCGGUUGCAGGCGUCCGGGUGGUCGCCUGCAGUUUCGCAUCGCAUGGCGUGGACGGCGAUGCAAGGCAGCUCGACAGUCGCUGCACGCAGGGUGCCCAGAUGCUCGCGCACCGCGAGAAGCUUGCAUCAACCAGGACUGGCAUCGUCUUGAAGCAACGGAGCGAGAGAUUGCCAGUUUCUAUGGCAGAUUCCAUCCACGCCGGCACCAGAGCAUCCGGCAGCCAGGACGUCUCUGAUGUCCCGCUUGGGGCGCACCCCGGCACCAGCCUCGUCGUUUUCGCUUCGUGCUUCCGGGAUGCACUGGGCACAGCAGACAGCACAGAGUUUCGAGCACAGGGGACGUUGUUCGUGUGUCCCUUCUUGGGCUUCGGUCCCCGAUCUGCCGAUAUCUUUGUUCGCAUGACAGCCGCCAAGCCACGCUUUCAUGCAGGUGUUGAGAAGCCACGCCAAGACUACACCGCAGCCGCAGGCUGCUCCUUUAUCCAAGGAGGACGCUUGCGCCCGCUGCGGGUCAGUGCUUCCAGCAGACGACAACUUCUGUCGGCACUGCGGGCAGCAGAGGGGCAAGAGGUCUUGUCAGGUUCCGGCAGCAAUGCCUCCAAGUGGUCCCGUUGCCCACGUGCGGAGCUGAGAGUUCGUUGCCGGCUUGACACAGUUUUCUGCAGGGGGGCUGGCCGAGCGAAGUCCAAGCAGGCGGACAAAUCGCGCUUUCGGCACACGAAGGCACUGAGCAAGCUGAAGGAGAUGGGUUACGACGAUAGCGAGGAAGUUCGAGAAGUCUUGACGAAGUGCAAUGGAGAUCUGAAUGCUGCUUUGAGAGAGAUCACCGGUCCUGGCACCCGCGCCUAG